UUUAAAUUAUAUUAAAUUAAUUCCUUUUUAUUAAAGUAAUCGAUAAAAUAAUUAUUAUGGAUGAAUUUUACGAUGUUAUCGUAUUGGGAACAGGAUUGACAGAAUGCAUAUUAAGUGGUCUAUUAUCAGUCGCAGGCAAAAAAGUUUUACAUUUGGAUCGUAACAAAUAUUACGGAGGUGAAAGUGCAUCUAUUACUCCUUUAGAAUAUUUAUAUGAACACUUUGGUAGGAAUGAUAUACUAUCAGAAAAAAUGGGCAGAGGAAGAGAUUGGAAUGUUGAUUUAAUCCCAAAGUUCUUAAUGGCCAAUGGUUUACUGGUGAAACUCUUAAUACACACUGGUGUCACAAAAUACUUGGAAUUUAAAUCAGUGGAUGGAAAUUAUGUUUGUAAAGAUCAAAAAGUGUAUAAAGUACCUGCCACAGAAACAGAAGCUCUUUCUUCAGGUCUUAUGGGAAUGUUUGAAAAGAGGCGAUUUAAAAAAUUUCUUACAUUUGUACAAGAAUUUAGUGAAGAUAAUCAAAAGACAUGGCAAGACAUAACUCAAAAUACAACCAUGGACAAAUUAUAUGAAAAAUUUGGCCUUGAUAAAAAUACUGCAGAUUUUACAGGACAUGCUUUAGCUUUAUGGAGAAAUGAUGAUUACAAAAAUGAAUCUUGUCUCCAAACAAUGGCACGAAUUCGAUUGUAUUGUGAAUCAUUAGCUAGGUACGGUAAAUCACCAUUUCUGUAUCCUUUAUAUGGUCUGGGGGAAUUGCCCCAAGGAUUUGCUAGAUUGAGCGCUGUUUAUGGCGGAACCUAUAUGUUAGACACGCCCGUGCAAGAAAUCAUUAAAGGCCCUUGCCCCAAAACAAAUGAUUUAGUUAAUACAACGGGUGAUGACAAUAAUAUAAGCUUCAAUCAAAAUCACUCUUAUCUUGAUCGAGUUUCGAAAGAAGGAGAUAUCAUUUGCAUCAAAACGAGCAAAGGUAUUGCUAGGUGUCGUCAUGUUAUUGGAGACCCUUCUUAUUUUCCCGCCCUUGUUAGAAAAGUUGGAUAUAUAAUAAGAUGCAUUUGCUUACUAAAUCACCCUAUUCCAAAUACCAAAAAUUCUGACUCGUGUCAAAUAAUAAUACCCUUUGCUCAAGCUAGGAGGAAAUAUGAUGUGUACAUCUCAUGCACCUCAUUCGCUCACCACGUUGCCUCUUCGGGUUGGUACAUAGCCAUGGUUAGUACCCAAGCAGAGACCUCUCCAUCUCAAGGUCCGCCUUCACACCCAGAAUCCGAGAUAGUGGCCGGCCUCAACCUAAUGGGACCUAUCGAGACCAAAUUUAUGGCCGUAUCGCCCCAGUAUGUGCCUUUGAGUGAUGGAACCCAGGAUCAGAUGUACAUAUCUAAGAGUUACGACGCUACCAGCCAUUUUGAGACGACAUGCGAUGAUGUUUUGGAUAUUUAUAAGAGGGUCAUUGGACAUCCUUUUGAUUUUACCCAAGUUAGGAGAGGUUUGGGGGAAGAUGAAGAAUAAAUCCAAUUUAAUUUUUUUUAUAUCUAGACAAUAAAUUUAUUGAUAUUUUUUUAAAAAAAAUUGUGAUUAUUUCAAUGUAUACCUAAUUGUAAUCAUGCUUGUACAUCAUUGAGUUAUGAUAUAAUUAUAAUAAUUUAACCUAACUAUAGUUAUGCUAAUAUUUUUAUUAUUAUUAUAAAUAAUAUAU